CUUUGCUAUACAGAAAGCAGAGACUUUCCUGAAGAAUGACAGAGUAGUGUAGUGAAAAAAAAAGUCACAGUUUGUUUGCAAAACCUGCAAGAAAAUGAUAGAAAAUGAAAAGUAUGAAAAAAAUCACUUUAUCCAGGAAUAAUAUGAUAGGCAGUGUAAAUUUGAAUGCAACAGAUUGAAGACAGUUUGAUACAAAGGUUUUGCAACUUUUUAGAACAUUUACAGCAGAGAAAAAAUGGAUAACGAGAAUGUAAACAUUUCAGACAAUAUAAGGAUGAUAACAGCAGUUCAGGAAAAUAAUGCAAGGCUUGUUAAACAGCUCAUAGAAAGGGGACAGAAUCAAUUUACUCUUGAUUCCAGUUUAUGUUGGGCCACAAGACUUGGUUACCUCCCUUUAGUCAUCUUACUAGUGGAAGGUGGUGCUGAUCCAAAUUCAGAAGUUUGGGGUGGAUUUUCUCCACUGAUAUGGGUGACUAUUUUUUCUGGCGAUACAGAUGUGGUUAGGUAUUUGGUAAACUCUGGAGCAGAUGUAGAUCACUGCUCCUCAAAGAGAAAACAGACAGCGUUACAUGCUGCAGUAAUAAAAGGAGAUGCCAGACUGGUUCAGUGCUUAAUUGAUACAGGAGCCAGUCUAGAUGUUCAAGACUAUCUUUACAAGACGCCACUUCUUCAUGCCACUCAAAGAAAUCUUAAGAAUGUUGUUAAAACUCUUAUUCUAAAUAAUUGUAAUGUCAAUUUGCCUGGAUUUGUGAAUGGGACUAGAUUAUCUCCCCUUCUGGUAGCUCUUCUCCAGAGCAAUUUGGAAAUCACAAAAAUGUUGAUUUUGGCUGGGGCAAAAUUUGAACUUUUGGCUAUCUACCAGACUUUCACUUUGUCUCACUUCUAUAAAACUGUAGAAGAUUGUUUAAACCUGGAAGUGAGACCUGUUUACCUGCAACAACAAUGUCGAGUUAGUAUAAGAGAGUUACUAAAACCCCAGUUCCUUCAAAAACUCAGGCAACUUGAACUACCUCCGCCUCUUAGGGAAUUUCUUAGCAUGGAGGAAUUGAAUAGAGCAUUUUGAAAUGUUAAGACAGUAACAGCAUUAAUUCUUAUGAGGGACUAACUUUUGUAGAUUUCAUAGUAACUCAAUCCACAAAAUUGCACUCCAACAAACAAGUUACAUACCCGUCAAUUUUAUUUUUAAAUCUUCAUUUCAACAUUUGUUUCCCAAUAAAAUAUGUGAAAUACCUGUCAAAAACCAUAAAACUUUGGUAACAGAAACAAUUUUUAUGGUGCUUUGUAAUUCCAGCUGUAUACAGUUAAGUACUCGGACAAAAUUACUACUCAAUUUGAACAAGGUGAACAAAAUCCUCCCUGUGAUUUUGUUUCCAAUUGUAUCUAAACAUUCACUUCAUUCUGCUUAAAAGCUGAUGAUUAUCACUAAAAAAAUAUAUUCUUUAAUCUCUGUUGAAUUUUCAGUUGUUUUGGUUUUUUAACAAAAUCACUAGGGAGGGGAUAUUGCCUGCUUUGGUCAAAUUUGGUAGGAGGGAUUUGGCAGGGUGUGAGUGUGGAUUUUGUCGUACACUGUAAGUUUUAAUUUUUCAUUUCCAUCUGUUAGCAAUGAAUGUUAUUUAGUUUGUUACAUAGACAUAUAUAUCUAUAUACUAGACUGUAUAAGUGCUUGAUUUUGUAAUAUGAAAAUGUCUGUGAUUUUUGUUAUUUGAAUUAUUGCAAGAUCAGCAUUAUGCUAAAGUUAAAGCCAAGUCUUUGUUAGAUUCUGUUUUUAAGAACCUAUUAAAUAGAACUGGUUUCAUUCCCCCAUUUACUUGUAAUCACUGUAUUCAUCAAACAAGAAAAAGUUAAGUUUGAGAUAGGAAAAAAACAUUUUACCAGUCGCUUUUGACGGCUUCCAAGCUUUUAUGCUUCUCUAUAUGUCAAACUGACCUUACUCAAUAUGUAACAGAUUUUUUUGUCAAAUUUUCUUUUUUGUAAAAUCCAUUGAAUAUGAAGUCAAUAUAUUUUCCCCAAGAAUGUACAUGUAAUCAUUGAUUCAUUGUCCAUCUCAGGCUAACACAUUGACUGACUUCAUUAAAUCAUAUAAGUUGAAAGUGACCAAUGCUCGAACAUUGUACAUUCCUUGUUAAUAAGAAUAUUUGAACAGUUAUCUUUGUAUUAUCUAUUUACUGUUGAUGUUCACUAAAUUUUAUGGAUGCAUGUGGCGUAAAGUUGUACUCGGAUUGUAUUAAAUGGGUCAUUGUGUUGAAUGUAAAGGCAGUAACUCCUUAGAGCUGCCCCUCUGAUCUGGACACUUUAGAAAAAGCACUACACAUGUUAGCUACAUAUGUGUAGUUACUUGCAUCAAACUUUUCAUUCUGAAUUUUUAGCUCACUUGAGCAUGAUCGAAGUGCUCAAGGUGACCUUUAGAAUCGUUGGAUUUCUGUCUUCAUUGCAUCAUCAGUCUGUCAUCCACAAUUUCUUUAAAGAACUCUUUCUCCUAAGCCACUAUGCAAAUUUCAACCAAACUUCAACAGAUAAUUUUGGGAAAAAUGGAGACAGCUGUGUAUAAACUUUAUUGUAUGCUUUGAGGACUGAAAUAUGAUAAAGCAGUUUUAAUCUCCUACAAACCAUGCAAGUUUUACCUUUGAGGAAAAAAAGCUAUAUGCAUAAUUAUUACAGAUAGAUUUGAACAGAGUCUUUUUAUAGUCAGAGAUGAGUGUUUUGUAAAAGAAGAGCAGCAAAGAUUGAAGUAAGAAAUUACCUUAGGGAAUUGUAACAAUUUCAGUACAGAAAUUUGUCAGCAAACAGAAAGUCAAAUCACAUUAUUUUGCAAGAUGAAAUUUGUUUCGUGGAAAAAGAAAAAUAUCUGCUGUUUAUAUAAUGUGUCUCAAUGUAUGCAGCAGAUGUCUUGGAUUAUGAGAAAAUCAAACAAAACAAUGUGAGAACUGUUAGACACAUGACUGCGCUGUCUUGUAACAUAGUUACAUAGAUUAAUUUUCCAAAAUAAUAUAAUAUUUCGUUUACAAUAAAACUAAAUUCAGUAUAGACAGUAAACAUUCUGGUAGCAAACAAAACUGUUUCAGUUAUCACCAUUCUGAAAAUAUUUGUGUUGGCCAUAUUUUAAAGACUAAGUGAACCUUGUCCAUUAACUUACAGAUUUUAGCAGAAGUGUAUCAUUAUAAUUGAGCUGCGCCAUGAGAAAACCAACAUAGUGGGUUUGCGACCAGCAUGGAUCCAGACCAGCCUGCGCAUCCGCGCAGUCUGGUCAGGAUCAAUGCUGUUUGCUUUCAUAGUCUAUUGCAAUUAAAGAAACUGUUAGCGAACAGCAUGGAUCCUGACCAGACUGCGCGGAUGCGCAGGCUGGUCUGGAUCCAUGCUGGUCACAAAGCCACUAUGUUUGUUUUCUCAUGGCACGGCUCAAUUAUUUAUUGAUGAACUACACAUAAUGCUAACAAGUUUGAAGUUGCAUCCUCUCUUUAUUACAGGAUAAUGUUUCAUUUAAAUAUUGUUACGUGUUUUUCUUUUUGUUACACAACACCUUAAAAUGAAUUUUAAAACAUUUUCUUGUUUGUUAGAGGGUUAGUUUGUUUACAUAACGGGUUUAAAAUGCAUGCAAAUUAAUCAAACAUUCUUGUACUUCAUUAAAUCUGUGAUAAAUUGAAAGUUUCAGAAGUCUAAGCAUAUUAUUAACGCAUUUGAGUACUUAAUGUCUAAAUAGUCUUUGAAAUGUCUUUUAUAUGUAAAUUACUUAAAUGUUUAUUCAUUUGAAAAGCAUCUAAAAUGCCUUCGGAAUUAGUGUUUUCUGAGUAUUGAAUAUUACACAUAGAGGUUGGCCUUCUAGGCUAAGUGUUUAAGGUCAUUUACUUCUAAUCACUUUCACAGGGUUUGAAACUUCACUUGAGAUGUAGAAUUCUUUCAUUUGUGGGUUUGCUGGAUUUGGUGGUUCUACAGUGGUGCUGACCUGUGCCUGAAAAAAUUUUCAAGAGGAACACCUGGGUGUUUCAACAAAACAUUAAAAAACAAAGCAUAAAAUUUGAAAAUUUUAGGAAUUUCCCAUUUCUUUUGUUCUGGUAACAGUGUGUAAAAUAUGUUGUGCAGCUUAAUGGAUACUAUGAAGCUAUUAUGCCCUCAGUGUCAAAGACCCCAGAGGCAUAUAGUUUUGAACUGUACAUUUGUCAGUCCAUUUUUUUCGUCUGUAUUUCUGUCUGACACACUUCCUUGUGUACUCCACUCAUACGAUUUCCAUUAAAUUGAGAUGAAACUUGGUAUACUCCAUCAACAUGAAGUGGACAUGCAUACAUUUUCAGGACUUUGAUGUCUGAAUGUAUUUUCUGCAAUUGUGGCCAGUCUUGGACAUUGAAAUAUUACAGUUACAUCAGACCAGUGUGUUUUCAACUUCUGCAGUUACCAUCUAACUGAAAUGAAACAUGAUAUAUAUCAUCAACAUGAAGUUGACAUGCACGUAUUCUUGGGACUUCCAUAUCUCACUAUUUUUUCCUUGAUUUAUGGUUCUUUUUUUUGUUUGGAUAUCACAAAUAUUGUGAACUCAAUUCUGACAAUUUCCAUCCAAUUGAAUUCAAACUUGGUAUACAUCAUGAACAUGAAGGGAACAUUUGCAUAUUAUUAGGACUUUUUUGUGACUGAUCAUUUUUAUUUGAGUUAUGGCCCUUUUUGAUCAUUGUGUAACUACACCAGAAUAUUACUCAAUCAUCCAACAGUUUCAGUUUUAUGGAAAUGAAACUUGGUUUACAUUAUCAACAUCAUGCCUAUUUAGCAUUUUGAGUUUUGUGUCCAUUCUUGUUUCAGCUAUGUACCUUUCUUUAUGGAUGUCAAAAAUAUCAUUCAAUCAAGCAUUUUCAGGGGGCGUGUGUCAUACAAUGCUGACAUCUUUCUCGUUGUUCACAGAAACAGGUACAGAACCUUAAUGUUCACAUAGAGGCAUUUGCCAUCAUCACCUGGAGUUGUGUUCCUUUAUGUUUAUCUAGAGGCAUGUACUAUUAUGUUCAACUUGAAGGUAUCUUCCUUCAUGUUCAUUGAGAGGCAUUUGCCUUUAUGUUGCCUUUAUGUUCAUCUAGAGGCAUGUCCUUUUAUGUCUACCUUGAGUCAUGUUCCUUUAUGUUAAUUGAAGGCAUUUCCCUUUAUAUUCAUCUAGAGGCAUGUCCUUUUAUGAACACCUUGAGUCAUGUUCCUUCAUGUUCAUUGAGAGGCAUUGCCUUUAUAUUCAUCUAGAGGCAUGUCCUUUUAUGUCGACCUUGAGUCAUGUUCCUUCAUGUUCAUUGAGAGGCAUUUGCCUUUAUAUUCAUCUAGAGGCAUGUCCUUUUAUGUCGACCUUGAGUCAUGUUCCUUCAUGUUCAUUGAGAGGCAUUUGCCUUUAUAUUCAUCUAGAGGCAUGUCCUUUUAUGUCGACCUUGAGUCAUGUUCCUUCAUGUUCAUUGAGAGGCAUUUGCCUUUAUAUUCAUCUAGAGGCAUGUCCUUUUAUGUCGACCUUGAGUCAUGUUCCUUCAUGUUCAUUGAGAGGCAUUUGCCUUUAUAUUCAUCUAGAGGCAUGUCCUUUUAUGUCGACCUUGAGUCAUGUUCCUUCAUGUUCAUUGAGAGGCAUUUGCCUUUAUAUUCAUCUAGAGGCAUGUCCUUUUAUGUCAACCUUGAGUCAUGUUCCUUCAUGUUCAUUGAGAGGCAUUUGCCUUUAUGUUCAAUUAAUGUUUAUUUUUUUUUUUUGUUAAAGAUUUUUCUGAAAUAAUGUUGCUUUGAAAUUGUAUCAGGAGUUGAGUAUGUAGGUCACGAACCAUAUCUGUUAUCUUGUACAUGUAUUAUAUGGACGUCCCUUAAGCCUUUUCACCCACUGGUAGUGCUGUUGUUAAGGCGUAAAUUUUGUUUAACAUUAUUAUUAAAAAAAUCAGUUUUAUUUUUACAAAAUUGCAAAGGGGUCUUUUUAAAGAUACACAUAUACUUUUAACCAUACAUGUUUAGAAGUUCUGCUUUUGUUAUGUUUGUUGUCACAAUAUGAUGGCAUAUUAAGAUUUUCAUUAAUGCUUUGUUGCUGUAUGAUUUAACCUUGAAAGAAUAAAAAGUGUAAAAAGAA